AUGUCUAAGUUUUAUGAAUUGCAGCCAAGGGACGGCAAAGGUGAAGUGUUUUCCUUCGAUCAGUUAAAAGGUAAAGUUGUGCUCAUCGUUAAUGUUGCGUCAAAAUGUGGGUUUACGCCUCAGUAUCACGAAUUAGAAGAGCUUUAUAAGAAGUAUAAGGAUAUGGGACUUGUAAUUCUUGGGUUUCCCUGCAACCAGUUCGGACAUCAAGAGACAGGCUCAGAUACACAAAUUGCACAGUUCUGUAAGUUGAACUAUGGAGUUACUUUCCCCAUAAUGAAGAAAAUAAACGUGAAUGGACCUGAUUCUGACCCUGUUUACCAAUUUUUAAAAUCUCAAAAGGCGGGUCUUAUGGGAUUUAGAGGUAUUAAAUGGAAUUUUGAAAAAUUCCUUGUGGAUAGACAAGGUCAAGUGUUUGGACGAUGGGGUUCUUUGGAGAAACCAUCUUCAUUAGAUUCUGUGAUCCAGCAACUUCUUGAAUCUGAACCUAAACUGUAA